AUGGAACGAUUAUCGCAUGACUUAAAUCUGGCGUUAGAGGAAAGUAACUGCGGUAGGCAAGAACGUAGAAAACUGGGAUUUCGGCGGAGAACCAGAUCUGCAGGAAACUUGCCUGCCGCAGUAACUGUGAGCUUAGUUGAUGAUGGCAGUUCUAGUAGUCCACCUCAGGCACCUGUUAUCACACAACCUCUUUCUGACUCUGAUGACCCCCAUGUCAACAUACAUACUUCAAUGAAAUCCCGUCAUUACUGCCAAAUUGGCAAUUUUGAGUCAGACUCAUUUAAUGAGAACUUCUCGCCGAGUCGACCAGCAAAUACAAGACGGAAGCGUAAACUAAAAAAGAUGCCAGUAGACUAUGUAGAUGGUAAACAUUCACCACCCAUUGAAAUAUUGAGCAUCUUAGCAGAGCCAAGUAUAUUAGUACCUUCAGCAUUAAAUCAUAAAACAGCAGGACUCUCACCACUUAUCCAUGUUACAAAAUAUAAACCGGAGAGAAAUGCUUUUUGUGGUAAAAGAAAAUGGUCUCAUAGAGAUAAAGGUGAUGCUUGUGAAAUGCGUGAGAGAUCAUUCAGUGGGGGAUGUUCAUCAAAGUCUAUUUAUUUCAAAAACGAUAUCAAAUCAAAAAAACAUGAUUUGGAGAAAAAGAGGAAAGAGUCAGUGCUACAACCAGGAAAGAUAAUUCUCAAACCGCAGACAUCGAAUGAUUCAACACCAUCUCCUUUUACAAACACAUCGUUAUCUCCUGGCAGUUCAAGUUUUAACUUUGUCUACAAAAAUUCAUCCAAAAAUGGUACACCUACGCUAACAAAAAUGACUGGGUAUACCAUAGCAACAGACUUGCCUCCUUUCUUUAGUCCAUCAUACUCCAUCAACAAUAUGAAUGAAAAAUAUAACAGGAAAAUGAAACUGUUAAGCAAAUACUCUCCUAAUUCUUUACGUAAGCCCUUGCAAUUCGAAGACAUUGGUGGAAUGGAUUGUGGUAAUGAAAGUAGCUCUCUAAGCAGCAGUGAUUCUGAUGGAGCAGGAAAUGGAGACAGUGACGGAGAAGGUGAUGAUGAACUAACAGAUUGGCCUGGGAUAGAAGAACUCAAAGUUUUUAAUAAAAGUCUGACAUUUAAAUCUUCAAAAUCAGUCAAUAAUAACUGCACAAAAUCUAUUAGCAACAUGCCACCUCCAAAACGUUUAAAAAAAGAAAACUCACAAACGAAAAGCCUAUGGACGUCAAAGAACAGAUGUAAAAAGAAGAGGGCAAAAGUGGACUCUGGUAAUGAUGAAGAUGCUCUGAUGUCAGACACUAAAACAAUUGUGGAUGUAAAUGAAGAGGAUGAUAAAGCUAAUGUAGUACUGCAAUCAUCAUUUGCAACAUUUAGUGAUAUCAAAAAUGCUGGUCCUUCGGGACAGAACGCUGAUAAGACGUUUUUUCAGUCCUUUCAGACAUAUCAAGAAAAAACUGACGGAAAGGAAGAAUUUGUUACGACGCCGCGCACAAAUUUUACGUUACAGAAAACGUCGUCGAGCGAUCUUAACUUGAGCGAAAAGUCGCCUCAAAGUGAUCACUACUGUAGUGAGAAUUCCCUAAACUUAGGUAUAAAUGAAGUGAGGGAAAUAAGGGCUGGAUGUAGACGAAUACGUGAAGAAAGGCCUGGCCUCUUGAUAUUGAGUGCGGCAAAUGAGCAGCUGUCAAAAUUCUUACAAGACUCCUGUCAGGCCGAGUUAAAACUUCCAAAUUUGCAAGAUCCAGGAGAAAAAGAAAAGCUAGAGUCACUUGCAAAGCUUUAUUCAUUGGAGUUGCAAGUGGAGUUGGGGAGACCCGUACUAAGGAAAACCAGUAACACAAUGCAAGCCGUACGAGUGGAGCAUUCCUAUCACAAUUUCCCGUCAGACCACAAACGCCGUUGCUAUGGUGACGACGUGGACUCGAGCUUCAGUCUUAGCGAUCAUUCUGCCAACUCCAACGAUCUCGAAGACACAAAACCUAAAGAAGAUACGAGCGAAAUAAUACAGAUAAGUGAUGCCUUUAGCGAUGCGUUGAUUGACAAGAAUUUGUUGCGUCAUCCUGGUGAUUUGGAUUAA